AUGGAAUUGAGUUGUGACAGCGCGCGCAUUGACCGCCGCCCCCGUCGAAGUAACGCCAGCAAACUAUGGAGACAACGAACGGAGAAGCCGCCGACAUCAUGUUGCACCUGUUGCAUGCUGCUACGACCGCCGCGGUGGCGUUGGCCAAGGAAACGAUCACGGACAACGACGUCAUGGAGGAGGAUGCCAGUCCCACACAUGUAGAGGCGCUAUUCGAAGUAACCGCGCCAGUGUCUCGUCCUCGGGUGGUGACGUUCACGAAUGCCACAACGUUCGUGUUUAACGUCGCAUAUGGCGGUAGUGCGCUCCCGAAGGAGUCUGGUCCUCCCAUCGGCAUGUGCAGCGUCCACACGGACGAGUUCCAUGAAGACUUGCGCGAGGAACCACCGCCGCCUUGCCGUCGUCGCGUCCGCAAGUUUGACCAUUUGGAGCGCAUUGAUAUGCUCAAGCGCGCCAAGUACCAUGUUCAAGACAUCGCCACGUUUUGUAUGGACGCCAUCGACAUUCGCAAGUCCAGACAACGAACGCUCGAUGAACUCAGCGGCGACAACAAGCGCAAGCACGACGACGAUGACCAAGAUGAAACGAACGAAUGCGAGGCGAUGGAAUCCACAGACGACUCGAGACGAUGUUUGACCCAGCAAGGGGAAUGACGCCACAGCCGUAGAACGCACAUUAGCGCCAUGCAUGGCGAUUAACUUAUCUAUGCGAAGAGUUCUUCCUUUCAC